CUUCCCAUCCAAGAAAUAUCCACAAAACAAAUUCUCAAACGAAAAUCUUGGCUUUCUAAACAGCUUUUCUCGUAUCUGAAAAGUGAUGGAUUUCAGAGUGAUGGGUUUGGAAUCUCCAUUGUUCCACACGCUGCACCGCAUGAUGGACAUGUCGGAGGAGGGUGCAGGGGAGAAGACAAACAAUGCUCCGACACAGACAUACGUGAGAGACGCGAAAGCGAUGGCUGCAACAGCUGCGGAUGUGAAAGAAUAUCCGAAUUCCUACGUGUUCCUGAUCGACAUGCCGGGGUUGAAAUCUGGUGACAUAAAGGUUCAGGUUGAAGACGAUAACGUGCUUUUGAUUAGCGGGGAGAGAAAGAGGGAAGAAGAGAAGGAAGGGGUGAAGUUUGUGAGAAUGGAACGAAGAGUUGGGAAAUUCAUGCGCAAGUUUGUUUUACCUGAAAAUGCAAACAUUGAUGCAAUCUCUGCUGUGUGUCAAGAUGGUGUUCUCAGUGUUACUGUGCAGAAAUUGCCUCCUCCUGAACCUAAGAAGCCUAGGACUAUUGAAGUGAAGAUUGCUUGAUAUGGAAGAACAGAACAAAUGAAUGUUUGUGUCUCUUAGUGGCAAAGAGUUGUUCAUUUUCACUGUUACAAGAUGUUUUAGCUUGGUUUUGUUGUAAUUUCUUUUUAAUGUCCUCUGUUGCUUUGUAGUUUUGUGAUAAUUGCAGCCGUGAUUUUGGUUUAAU